AUGUCAGAGUCACUCAAUUACUGUUUAGAUCAAAUAAAACAAUCUGCAGACUCAAUCUCGACGCUGUACUUCAAACCGCCUGGUAUUUUCCAGAACGCUUUAGUCCACAGUACCAACACAUCCUAUGCAGAAAUCAUCACAAGACUAAUUAGAGAUGGGGACCCAGUUGAUGAACUGUCACUUUAUAAGGUAGACUCAGAGGGUAAAUUGAGAAGGAAGGAUGGUAAGCAAGGCGUAUAUGAUCAUCUAUCUGAACGAGCGUCAGUUCUAAAAAGAAAUAGACUUCUCGGUAUGCCAGAGGAAACACCAAUUGCUUACGUACCAAAAGAGUUUUAUCUGAAGCAGCAUGAUCUAAUAACCAAGAAGAAACAGCGUUUGAACAGGGACUUUCUUUUCGAUGAUAUAUCCCCUGAAGCGGGCGGAGUUUUUGAGGUGCUUCUUAAAAAGUUUGCAGAUGACAACGAAGUUAAACAACUCCUAUACGCAUUGCAGAAUGGUAGUGUAAUUACAGAAGAAGACUCUUCGUCAAGAAGGAAAACUAUGUUUGUCGAGGACUUCGCCCUUGAUCUUGUUUUCAGACUUCUUCAGGAAAUUGUUACUCAAUGGCCUUUGAAUGAACAUCGCGCUAAAUAUGAUCGCCUGUUAGCUGUAUAUGAAGAUAUACAUGGAGAUAUUGAGAAGCUGCGUUCAGAAAUUGACGAACAAGAGAAUAAGCUUCAGAUGCAAUUUGAAGAAGAUUCUCUAGACGAAGAUGGUGAUGAACCGGGAAGAACGGAGCCAUCUUCAAGCGUCUCAGAUCUCAUACGACAGGAAUUGGAAGAAAUAAAAGCUUUAGAACAGAAAAUUCAACAACUAAAACAUCACCAAUAA